CACCGCAGCAAAUGGGAUGGCCUGUUAGUAUGUUGACCUGUAAAUAAACAGCUUGUUGAAAAUCUUCAGAGAAACCGUAUAUUACUUUACGUCAUGACCAGACGUAAUUGGUGUUUACGACUCUAAUGGCAGCACCCAGAACUUUAUAACAAGGCACGACCGACACGAGCGCUACUUUUAAUGUUCAGAUCUUUACUAUAAAAUACCACGGUGGACCUCGUCUACUGUUACGCUGGCGACCAUGUUGUCUUUCUUGGGUUUACGUAAAGAUUCAAAGAAGCAAUCAGAGAGGGAAUCUGAUGGCGCCUUUGUUAUCAUUGGAGAAACUGUGGAAGAGCAGCGGCGGAAGAUGCAAUCAAUGAACAUUGCACAACCUUCGACCAAUGUCGUUGUCCUGCCAGCAAAGUCAUGUCCACCUGAAGCGCAACCAACAGAAAACCAUUUCUCAGCAUCUAGCACGUCCCUGCCAGCGGUGUCGUCAGUCAUAGAGGCUGCCUCACCUGUACCAGAUCUCCUCGGGGACAUCCCCUUCACUUUGUCACCUCAUGUCCAGGCAAUGCAGGCAGGAUUCUCUUACAUUCCUGACGUGCUGCUGUCCAAAGACAUGAACUCCAACCUGGCGUAUUUCCAGUAUGACUUCAGUUUAGAGAAAGCCGUCCUUCAUAAUGCAUAGGCGUCAUUCAUUUUCUAACCACAGCCACAGCAACACGAGCAAAACCAAGACUAAAAAUGUUUUCUCUCCUUGUAUUGUCAAACAAAGCUGUGUUACUGGAUUUUAUUUUCAUUUAGAAUCAUAAUUUAGCUGAGUCUCUCUUGUAUUGUUGCAACUUUUCCUUGGACUGCAGUGAAAUAUAAUCUUACCUUAACAAACGAAUUGUCAAAUAUAUUGUAUCUUUCUGUCAAAAAAUCAGUCAAAUGAACCCGCGGUGCCUUUCUGUAUACGGUUAUAUAUUUUCUUUUUGUUAUUGAGAGACAAAGUCAUCAAGCACUAAAGAUUUAUCAUAAACUGUUAUGUCCCCUGUUUUAUUAUGCUUGCAUGUUGCAAUAUUUACGUACUAUAUUCUGUUUAAUACUAUGAUCAAGUGCACGGGAAACCAGGGGGGGUCCAGACUUUUUAUAAAGAAGGUCACAUACAUAAAAAUGUGAUACAUUUUGUACGUUAAAGAUGCUAAAAGCAAUCCAGUGGAGGUCAAUAUAGGCUGAACAAAACAUCUUAACUUUGUGUUGUAGGUGACAAAGCAAAUUAGUGUAAUAAUAUAGAAUUAAUAAUCAAUUGAAUUUAUUUUUAUAGGCCAACAAAAAAAACAAUUGAUUAUUCCCAUACUGUAUUAUACAUUUUCCCAAACCUAAUUUUCUUUUUUUUUU